CAACCCUUUUUUUUUCCCUCUCUGUUGUCUCUCUGAAUUAAGAGCAAGGGAGAGAGAGAGAGAGAGAGAUAGAGACGCGAAUCCGCUUGUCUGGAUUUUAACAUUAACACUACAAGUAAGAGAAGAAGGCGAAAUUGAAGGCGAUCUGAAGGGAAAUGGGGACACUUCAGUCAUGGAGAAAAGCCUAUGGCGCUCUUAAAGACCAGACCAAAGUCGGUCUUGCCCAUGUCAACUCCGACUUCAAGGAUGUUGAUGUGGCGAUCGUGAAGGCUACGAAUCAUGUGGAGUGUCCUCCCAAGGAGAGACACCUAAGAAAAAUUUUGGUUGCGACGUCAGCAAUUCGAUCUCGUGCUGAUGUUGCGUACUGCAUACAUGCACUUGCAAGAAGAUUGGCAAAGACACAUAACUGGACGGUUGCAUUGAAAACACUAAUUGUUAUUCAUAGAACACUGAGAGAAGGUGACCCAACAUUCAGGGAAGAACUCUUGAAUUUUCAUCAGAGGGGCCGUGUCCUCCAAUUGUCCAAUUUUAAGGAUGAUUCGAGCCCCAUUGCUUGGGAUUGCUCUGCUUGGGUGCGAACAUAUGCCCUCUUCUUGGAAGAAAGAUUAGAAUGCUUUAGGAUACUUAAGUACGACAUUGAAGCCGAGCGCCUUCCUCGACCGGCACAAGGUGAAGAUAAGGGCUACAGUAAAACCAGGGACUUGGUUAGUGAAGAACUUUUGGAUCAAUUGCCUUCUUUGCAGCAGCUUCUGUACCGUCUUAUUGGAUGUCGGCCUGAGGGAGCAGCUGUGAACAAUUAUGUAAUUCAGUAUGCCCUGGCUCUGGUGCUUAAGGAAAGCUUUAAAAUAUAUUGUGCCAUAAAUGAUGGAAUAAUCAACCUUGUUGACAAGUUUUUUGAGAUGCCAAGACAUGAAGCCAUUAAAGCCCUUGAUAUUUACAAAAGAGCUGGCCAGCAGGCCAAUAGUCUUUCCGAUUUCUACGAAAUCUGCAAAGGGCUUGAACUUGCUAGGAAUUUCCAAUUCCCUGUGCUGAGAGAGCCUCCACAGUCCUUUUUGGUGACCAUGGAAGAGUAUAUACGUGAAGCGCCAACAAUGGUUUCUGUUCCAAAUGUGGCCUUGGAAUACCCAGAAAGGUUGAUGCUGACGUACAAGGAAGAGGAUGUUCCUUCACCUUCUGAAGAGACAAAAAUUCCACAUGAGGAACCUGCAUCUGAACCAACUAAUGAAGUUUCUAGAUCAUCUCCUGAUGCAUCAAUUCCUCCAUCUCUUCCAACUAAAGUGGACACUGAUGAUCUGCUGGGUUUGAAUGCAGAUACGCAAGAUGCAGCUGCGAUUGAGGAUAGCAAUGCUUUGGCUCUAGCCUUAAUUCCUUCUGGCACUACACCUUUUGACUCUGAUGCUUCUCAAUCCACAAGUUUUGACCCUUCUGGGUGGGAACUUGCUCUGGUUACUGCUCCAAGCACCAACUUAUCAUCGGUUCAGGAGAGACAAUUGGGUGGGGGACUGGAUUUGCUUACUCUCGAGAGUCUGUACGAUGAAGGAUCAUAUAGAGCAUCCCAGCAGCCAGUAUAUGGAGCACCUGCCCCCAAUCCCUUCGAAGUCAGUGACCCGUUUGCUGUUUAUAACAAUGUUGCGAUUCCAACAGUUCCUCCAGUGGCUGGCAUGACACAACAUCAAGUCAACCAGUUCAUGCCAUUUCAACUGCUGCCGCAGCAGCAGCAGCAGCAGCAGCAGCCCACCCAUUUAACGAUGAGCUCACAGAAUCCUUUCGGUGAUACAGGGUUUGGAGCAUUCCCUGCUGCGCCCGCACCUACUCAUCCCCAAACUACCAACCCUUUUGGUAGCACAGACUUCCUAUAAAAAGGUGCAUAUAUGUAGAAUGCCAUUUACCCGGCCUUAGUUGAUUUUGGUAUAUUUGAAAUGAAUGGAAGUUUGCUGCUGGUAGUUACUUUUUGAGCUCAGUUGAUGUAUACUUGAGUGUUGUAAAGAUAUUUUAUGCUUGAAAAUGCACUUCCUUAAAUGAUGUUUCAUCGGUAUUGGCAA